UGAUACUUUAACUACAAAUUGCUGAUUGUACUUAUUGUCUCCUUAUUUUUAGACUACAUAUACAUUCUACUUUUACUCAAGUAAAGGAUGUGAAUAGUUAUUUCACCAAUGAUCAGAUUAUAUCAGAAUUAACUGCAAUGCAGAGAGGGAUAGUCCCUGUACACGUAAUCUGUACCCUCCCCUCCCUCCAGUUACUUAAACAGAAAGACUUCUGUCAGUGUGUCUGUGUGGACCCUUGACACCCUUACUGUCUUCAACAAUGAGAGACGUUAUCAUCAUUUUGGGAACAGUAGUGGUUUUCCUCAUCGUGGCUGCGGUGGAUUGCCAAGGAGACUACAGGGUGAUUGGCUCCAAUGAAGAGAUUGAAGUAUUAGUCGGUCAGGAAGUCAUCCUGCCGUGCCACUUGGAGUCCCCAGUCGAUGUGACAAAUCUGACCGUGGAGUGGAGUCUUGGAACAACCUUGGUGCACGUUUACCGGAAUAGGAAGGAUGAUCUCACUCUUCAGCACAAUGACUUCAAAGGGAGGACAUCUCUCUUCCAUGAGGAGAUGAGAAAUGGAAACCUUUCCAUUCAGAUCUCCAGAGUAAAUAAGGGAGAUGGAGGAGAUUAUACCUGUUUCAUCCCCAAGCUGAAGAGUAGUACGAGAAGAGGACACGUUUCCCUCAUUGUCAAGGACAAAGAUGAGCCAAAGCCAAUAGUCGACUCCACUCCAGGUGUUGGAGUCCAUGUUGGCGUCGAACUUGGAAUGCUGAGUGUCCAAUUUAUCAUCUUCCUUUAUAUGGCCGUGAAUUAAUUGAAUACUGCUGAUGCGGUCAAGAGUGGAAGUAACACUGGGGAGAAUCACAGGAACAAAGCUAAGGGACUACUUGAAAAACACUGCCAGUACUUGAUUCCAGCCUCUGUUUUUUCUCUGAAGAGAGAGAGAAAAAAAAAAGGUUUCCGUUCCAUCCGAAGCUUUUUAUCAGGUGAUCCUCCUCCAGGUGUGUUGCAUGUGAUGUGUGUGAAAAUGCUGAGGAAUGUUAUGUUUUGUUGUUGCUAAUUGUAUAUAAAUGUAUUUAUAAAACACUCCAGUCAAAAAAGAUGAUAAGCUCCAGCACUGCAGAAAACACUGACACUUAUGGCACUCUUCUUCCAAAUGUUUCCUGCAAUGUGAUAUAGAAUUUUUUUUUUGUUUCGACCAAAUAUACUGGUUUAUAAAAUCGGUACAGACAAUUGGUUGCAUUUUUUUUCUUCCUAGAGAUGCAGAUUUUUGAUUGAGAUUAUCAGAAUUGUAAACAGUUCUCAUUUUAAUAUUUCUCUCAUUUAAUAAUUUCUUUUUUUUGUUUUUGUUUUUUUACUGAAGUGUACUUAUGUGACUGAAAGCUGUUGCAGUGUGUCUCCUUUAUAAGAUACAAGAUUGUUGUUUUUUUUUUUUUAACAUGAACUGGACUUUAUAUCGAAUUGAUUUAUAUAUUCAUAUUUGUACCUGACUUUCCCCUUGUGAUCAAAGAGCCCAACAUUUCCUCCGUCAUUGACUCAUCACAACUUUCAGUCUGAGUCAUUUUGCUAGGGUUAGGGUUAGCAGUGGGUUAGGGCUAACCUUAACCCCCUGUGGGUUUAAUGAUCAUAAAAAGCUUUGUAUCUUUAUCAUUGCAUUGUAUAUUUAUAAAUAAAAAAUGGGAUGAUGUUUCA